UAGAUGUGUGCGUCUGAACCUCUAGCUCUACUCACCUCCCGCAGCCACUUUAUUUUGUUCUCGCUCCUCAUCUUCGUUAUCCAAAUUGUCUACACCACCUUCCUCUGCCCUUCAGUUCCCCGCUUUUUGCUCCAAUUUCUCACUUUAACCUCACUUUCAUAAUCCGACCUGAGACUGCAGACGCCAGCAGCAUUUGAAAGUUUCAUUCCCAUCUCCAUCUUUCCCUCUCUCCGCAUCCCAUCCAGGAGUGGUGGCAGCUUGAGGGCUCCACAUUGCAUUUACCUGCAGUUUCCAAUUGUCGGCUAAGUUCUGCGCCGGGCUGACCAGCCACACCCACCCUGACUGAGAGCAGUCUCUAAGCUAGGAGGACCAUUUAUUCCAAAGUGGUGAUUGAGAAUAUAUUCAUUUUUUUUUUCUUCUUUUUGAGUCUCGAUAUUAAUUUCUAUCAUAUCUUACAAGAUACGUAUUUUGGGGCUCAAAAGAAGGGAUUAGAAUGAUCUGAAGACCUUUCCCAGAUAAGGAGAAAAAUUUUAGGACUGAAGUUGUACGCUAGAGGAAAGGAGAAACAGAAAUCCUAGGAAAGUUAGAUUUUUCAAAGCACUAAGAUCUUUAGAACCAAAGUAUACAAGUUAAAAUGUGACAUGAUGGAGAUUCUUUUUACCCUACAGAGGUGAGCGUGUCUAUAAUUCCCUUUUCCUUUUUCUGUUUUUCUAUUUUUGUUGAUACCUAACAAACUUUGCAAAAAAAUUGCACUGUUAACAUUCAGUUAUUAUUCUACCAUUUUUGUAAAAUGCUCUCUCUUACACUUUCUGAGAAAAAUUAGAAAAAGAAAAUGGCAUUCCAUGUAAGUUACCUAUUAUUAUAAUUCAGUGCCAUUUUUGGAAGGGUUACAUGAAAAGUACAGCUCUUUGGAAAAUCUUACACCCUGCGCUGCCUUGUAGUGCCCCGAAAGGACAUUUCCUACAAGUAAAACUAAUUAAAAUGAAAACUGGACAGCCUUAAAGGGAUAAAGAAGUAGUCAAAAAGGAGAAGAUAUUACCAAAAAAGACUACCCUGAAGCUGAGUAGAAAAAGGAAAGAAACAUAGUUUUUUCCUAUCCUUGUGUUCCGGUGUUGAUCAGGGGCUUUUUCUGAUUGUAUAAGUUUUGUUUUUAUUUUUAAAUGUUCUACCUAGCUACAACAGUCACUGCCUUUUUUCUGCUAUCUUCGGUGCUUUCACAAAUCUAGCUGCUUGGAAGCAGUGAAGCAUAGAGCCUGGGACACUCACCCUGAUUUGCCAUUUUAUGGAGAGUGUAUUAUUGACUGUUAUUUGAUUAACAAAUUUUGUUAUUGCUAUUUUGUUUGAAAUGUAUUUUAAUUGCCUGGUUUCCUCUCUUUAGAUUAACGUUUUUGGAGACAGUUUUGUAAUGUUUGAUUCACCCAUGGAGUAGUGUGAACAGAAGUUCUCAGCCUUGUAUACUGUAUCAACUGGAACCAGUAGUGUGUCUUAAUAUUCACUAAAGUCAGAACUUGUGUAAGAACAAGAAUGGGUGUCUGGUUAUAUAAAGGCGACUGUGUCAGAGACUUGAAAAAAAUCAUUGUCUGUGUUUUAAUGGUGUAUAUGGCCAUUUUAGUGGAAACGGAUCAGGAUUUUUAUAGUUUACUAGGAGUAUCCAAAACUGCAAGCAGUAGAGAAAUAAGACAAGCUUUCAAGAAGUUGGCGUUGAAGUUACAUCCUGAUAAAAACCCGAAUAAUCCAAGUGCACACGGUGAUUUUUUAAAAAUAAACAGAGCAUAUGAAGUACUCAAAGAUGAAGAUCUGCGGAAAAAGUAUGACAAGUAUGGAGAAAAAGGACUUGCAGAUAAUCAAGGAGGAGGCCAGUAUGAAAGCUGGAACUAUUACCGUUAUGAUUUUGGUAUAUAUGAUGAUGAUCCUGAAAUCAUAACGUUGGAUAGAAGAGAAUUUGAUGCUGCUGUUAAUUCUGGAGAACUGUGGUUUGUAAAUUUUUACUCCCCAGGAUGUUCACACUGCCAUGAUUUAGCUCCCACAUGGAGAGACUUUGCUAAAGAAGUGGAUGGAUUACUUCGAAUUGGAGCUGUUAACUGUGGUGAUGAUAGAAUGCUUUGCCGAAUGAAAGGAGUCAACAGUUAUCCCAGCCUCUUCAUUUUUAGGUCUGGAAUGGCUGCAGUGAAGUAUCAUGGUGACAGAUCAAAGGAAGACUUAGUGAGUUUUGCCAUGCAGCAUGUUAGAAGCACGGUGACAGAAUUAUGGACAGGAAAUUUUGUUAACUCCAUACAAACUGCUUUUGCUGCUGGUAUUGGCUGGCUGAUCACUUUUUGUUCCAAAGGAGGAGAUUGUUUGACUACUCAGACACGACUCAGGCUUAGUGGCAUGUUGGAUGGUCUUGUUAAUGUAGGAUGGAUAGACUGUGCCACCCAGGACAACCUUUGUAAAAGUUUGGAUAUUACAACAAGUACUACGGCAUAUUUUCCUCCUGGAGCCACUUUAAAUAACAAAGAGCAAAGUGGUGUUUUGUUUCUUAAUUCAUUGGAUGCUAAAGAAAUAUAUUUGGAAAUAAUGAAUCAUCUUCCAGAUUUUGAACUACUUUCAGCAGACACACUAGAGGAUCGUUUGGCUCAUCAUAGGUGGCUCUUAUUUUUUCAUUUUGGAAAAAAUCAAAAUUCAAAUGAUCCUGAGUUGAAGAAACUGAAAGCUCUACUUAAAAAUGAGCAUAUUCAAAUUGGCAGGUUUGACUGCUUGUCUGCACCAGACAUCUGUAGUAAUCUCUAUGUCUUCCAGUCAUGUCUAGCAGUAUUUAAAGGACAAGGAACCAAAGAAUAUGAAAUCCAUCAUGGAAAGAAGAUUCUAUAUGAUAUACUUGCAUUUGCCAAAGAAAGUGUUAAUUCUCAUGUUACCACACUUGGACCUCAAAAUUUUCCUUCCAGUGAAAAAGAACCAUGGCUUGUUGAUUUUUUUGCCCCUUGGUGUCCACCAUGUCGAGCUUUAUUGCCAGAGUUACGAAAAGCUUCAAAGCAUCUUUAUGGUCAGCUUAAAUUUGGUACACUAGAUUGUACAGUUCAUGAGGGACUCUGUAACAUGUAUAACAUUAAGGCUUAUCCAACAACAGUGGUAUUUAACCAGUCCAACAUUCAUGAAUAUGAAGGACAUCAUUCUGCUGAACAGAUCUUGGAGUUCAUAGAGGAUCUUACGAAUCCUUCAGUGGUCUCCCUUACACCCUCCACUUUCAACGAACUAGUUAAGCAAAGAAAACAUGACGAAGUCUGGAUGGUCGAUUUCUAUUCUCCAUGGUGUCAUCCAUGUCAAAUCUUAAUGCCAGAAUGGAAAAGAAUGGCCCGGUCGUUAACUGGACUGAUCAAUGUCGGCAGUGUAGACUGCCAACAGUAUCAUUCUUUUUGUGCCCAAGAAAAUGUUCAACAAUACCCUGAGAUAAGAUUUUUUCCCCAAAAAUCAAAUAAAGCUUAUGAAUAUCAUAGCUACAAUGGUUGGAAUAGGGAUGCAUAUUCUUUAAGAAGCUGGGGUCUAGGAUUUUUACCUCAAGUCUCCAUAGAUCUAACACCUCAGACUUUCAGUGAAAAAGUUUUACAAGGGAAAAAUCACUGGGUCGUUGAUUUCUAUGCUCCAUGGUGUGGACCUUGCCAAAAUUUUGCUCCAGAGUUUGAACUCUUGGCUAGGAUGAUUAAAGGAAAAGUGAAAGCUGGAAAAGUAGACUGUCAGGCUUAUGCUCAAACAUGCCAGAGAGCUGGUAUCAGAGCCUAUCCGACUGUUAAAUUUUAUCCCUAUGAAAGAGCAAAGAGAAAUACUUGGGGAGAGCAAAUAGAUGUUAGAGAUGCAAAAGAGAUUGCUGCCUUGAUAUAUAAAAAACUGGAAAUGCUGCAAAAUCAAGGAAAGAGAAAUAAGGAUGAACUUUGAUGAAGAAACUUGAAAGAAAAAGAAAUUUUGACAAAUGACAUCAGAAGGCACCUUGUUUAUUCAUGGUGGGAAUGAACAUUAUCUGAGACUCAUAAUUGCACUGCCUGACUUCUGUACAACAUUGGUAUAAAUCAGGGGUCUGCAAACUUUUUCUGUAAAGAGCCAGAUCAUAACUAUUUUAGGCUUUGCAGACCAUAUACAGUCUCAGUCACAUAUUUUUCUUAGGUGGGUUUUUCGUGUGUGUUUAUUUUUUAAAUAACCCAUUUUAAAAAUGUAAAAAUCAUUCUUAGCUUGAGGCGAUACAAAAAUAGUCCAUAGACCAAAUUCAUUCCCUGGGCCAUCGAUUUCUGACUCCUGGAAAUGAUUUUUAAGGUGGCUGAGUUGAACAUGAGCCUGCCCUGCUGUAUCUACAUACAUGUCUAAGAUGUACAAAGUGGACUUUUUCACAUAAAGUUUUAUGCGUCCUUAAAAGGUACAACUUGGUCUUCAGUUACCUGGUUUUCUAAAAAUUUUAUCUCUGGCCAUAUAUUUCAUUUGAAAAACAUACGAUGUGGAAAAAUAAACAGAUACCCUAUUUUCAUAUUAUAGUGAAAAGAUUCUUCGUUUUCUUUCUUUUUAAAUGUUGAAGAAUUGCUUUAAAUUUUUCACAAUUGAGAACUUUUUUUUGCUACAGUAAGUAAACAAAUCCUAUAAAUGGCUAUUGUUGUUAGGUGCCUUUGAGUCAGUUCUGACUCAUAGCGACCCUGCCUACAACAGAAGGGAAAACUGCCCAGUUCUGCACCAUCCUCACAGUCGUUGCUAUG